UGGCGGGGCUCCCGCGGCCCGGGCGGAAGUUCCGGCGGGGGCGGCCGAGGGGGCACAGUGUCUGCGGGAGGACGGGCAGCAUCGCCGAGCCCGCGGUCUCGCCAGCCCCAGGGAGUGAGGCCCAGCCUGCAGGGACUCCUGCAGUGUAUGUGUGGUAACACCAUGUCUGUGCCCCUGCUCACUGACGCCGCCACCGUGUCUGGAGCUGAGCGGGAAACAGCUGCGGUUAUCUUUUUACAUGGACUUGGAGACACAGGGCACAGCUGGGCUGACGCCCUCUCCACCAUCCGGCUCCCUCACGUCAAGUACAUCUGUCCCCAUGCGCCUAGGAUCCCUGUGACACUCAACAUGAAGAUGGUGAUGCCCUCCUGGUUUGACCUAAUGGGGCUGAGUCCAGAUGCCCCAGAAGAUGAGGUUGGCAUCAAGAAGGCAGCAGAGAACAUCAAGGCCUUGAUUGAGCACGAGAUGAAGAACGGGAUCCCUGCCAAUCGGAUCGUCCUGGGUGGCUUUUCACAGGGUGGGGCUCUGUCCCUCUACACAGCUCUCACCUGCCCCCACCCUCUGGCUGGCAUCGUGGCAUUGAGCUGUUGGCUGCCCCUGCACCGGAACUUCCCCCAGGCAGCCAAUGGCAGUGCCAAGGACCUGGCCAUCCUUCAGUGUCAUGGGGAGCUGGACCCCAUGGUACCUGUUCGAUUUGGAGCCCUGACAGCUGAGAAGCUCCGGUCGGUUGUCACACCUGCCAGGGUCCAGUUCAAGACCUACCCAGGUGUCAUGCACAGCUCGUGUCCGCAGGAAAUGGCAGCUGUGAAGGAAUUCCUUGAAAAGCUGCUGCCUCCAGUCUAGCCGGAGUCACUGGCCCCAGUGCAGUCCCCAGCUCCUGGGAGACCCAGCAAGCAAGCACCGCACUGUCUUGGAUCUGAGCCGGUUGAGCAAGCCCCUGUCCUCUCCCCACCACCCUGCCCUCUUCCUACCGGCCUCUGGGGCAGGCAGCUGAGGCCUGGCCAGGCCUUCCCUGCCGUCCCCUGCCACCUGGUAGUCUGCAGCAGGAGUGGGCUACUCUUCACCCCACAUCCCCGGAGGCGGGGCCCCCGGCAGCAGUAUUGGAGGGGCUGUAGGCAGCGGGAGAAAGGGGCCCAGCUGCUGACCCACUCACUCAGGACCUCACUCACUAGCCCCGCUUUGGGCCCCCUCCUGCGACCUCAGGGUUUGGCCCCUGGGCCCUCCCAGGCCCCACCCCAGCAACUCUGCCCAGAUAAUCGUGUGUCUCCUGCCUCACUGCAGCUGCUUCUCAAUCAUGAAUGUGUUCGUGGCCCCGGCCCCUGGCUGCUGCGGGCUGCUUGCUGCAGGGCAGGCAGGUGGAGUGGAGUCCAGGGGCCUUCCCUCAGCUGGUCCCCCACUUGGGGGCUGGACCCUGCCUCCCUGCUGCCCUCCACCCUCACAGGCCUGGAGCCUGCAGGGCUGGAUUGAGGCACAAGGUUCCCCCUGGCUGUCUGACCCCCACCAUGUCCCCACUCUAGUACUAGGGAGGUUGUGGGGGAGGAUUGUGUUUCCAUGUCUUCUGUCUUCAUGUGGUUUUGGGUGUUUUUCUUGUGUCCUGGAUUCCAAUGAAAUUAAAGAAACUGCUUCCUCA